GGGCGGGCAGCGCUCCGGGUCCCAGGCUUGUGGCUCCAGGCGGCUGGCGGGGCUGGACGGUCGCGUGGGACUGUCGCCGGCGUGGACCGGGGGAGGGAUGCGGAGCCAGCGCCUGGCGCGCGCGUGACUCUGUGGGCACUGAAAUCCAACUCACCCAUGCUGAUAUCCUGUUAUGGACGAGCUUGAUUCUAAUGUGAGUUCCAAGGAGGGCUUCGGGUCUGUGGAGAAGGUGGUGCUGCUCACGUUUCUCUCAGUGGUGAUCCUAAUGGCCAUCUUGGGGAACCUGCUGGUGAUGGUGGCUGUGUGCAGGGACAGGCAGCUCAGGAAAAUAAAGACCAAUUAUUUUAUUGUAUCCCUUGCCUUCGCGGAUCUGCUGGUAUCGGUGCUGGUGAUGCCAUUUGGUGCCAUCGAGCUGGUUCAGGACAUGUGGAUUUAUGGGGAGAUGUUUUGCCUGGUGCGGACCUCUCUGGAUGUCCUGCUCACGACGGCGUCCAUCUUCCACCUCUGCUGCAUCUCCCUGGAUAGGUACUAUGCUAUCUGCUGCCAGCCCUUGGUCUAUAGAAACAAGAUGACUCCUCUGCGCAUUGCCUUGAUGCUGGGAGGCUGCUGGGUCAUUCCCAUGUUUAUCUCUUUUCUGCCAAUCAUGCAAGGCUGGAAUAGCAUUGGCAUCAUUGAUAUGAUAGAAAAGAGGAAGUUCAACCAGAACUCUAAUUCCACGUAUUGCAUCUUCAUGGUCAACAAGCCCUAUGCCAUCACCUGCUCUGUGGUAGCUUUCUACAUCCCGUUUCUCCUUAUGGUGCUGGCCUAUUAUCGCAUCUAUGUCACAGCAAAGGAGCAUGCCCGCCAGAUCCAGAUGUUACAACGGGCAGGAGCCCCCUCAGAGAGCAGGCCCCAGACAGCUGACCCGCAUAGUACUCAUCGGAUGAGGACAGAAACCAAAGCCGCUAAGACCCUGUGCAUCAUCAUGGGUUGCUUCUGCCUCUGCUGGGCUCCAUUCUUCAUCACCAAUGUCGUGGAUCCAUUCAUAGACUACACUGUCCCUGGACAGGUGUGGACUGCUUUCCUCUGGCUUGGCUACAUCAAUUCUGGAUUAAACCCCUUUCUCUACGCCUUCUUGAAUAAGUCCUUUAGACGUGCCUUCCUCAUCAUUCUCUGCUGUGAUGAUGACCGUUAUCGAAGACCUUCCAUUCUGGGCCAGACUGUUCCCUGUUCAACCACAACCAUUAAUGGAUCCACACAUGUGCUAAGGGAUGCAGUGGACUGUGGUGGUCAAUGGGAGAGUCAGUGCAACCCCGCGGCAACAUCUCCUUUGGUGGCUACUCAGUCUAGUGGCACUUAGUCCCCUGGGGCAGUGACCCAGAAGACUGUCAUCCCUUGGAGAAGGGCCAGGUCCUCACUGCAAGGCACAGGACUGCACUGGUAUCUCUUCACCGAACACCGGCUGGCUGUUGGGGCAGCCACCCUUGCUCACUGGACUGUCCUCUGAGAUUCCAGCAGAUGGCAUUCCUGGGAGUCAAGGGACAGGAUGUUACUCUCUGUUCGCUGGGAGUUCUCUUCCUAGAACCCCCCAGGGAGGAGUCUUUUCAUCUCCCAGUACUUCAUCUCCCUAGCAUAUCGCCUUUGCUUCAUGCUGUUGUUCCCAGUACGUUCCCUUCCUGUGCCUGAUUUAUCUCACUCAUUCCAAACACUGUCACUCACUGUGUCCUAUCUCAGUCGUGAAUGUCUCCAAAUAUGUCUUCUUUGCUUUCCCUGCUCACAGACACUGUCAAAACACAUCCUCCAGGACCCAUCUUGGUCUGAGUCCUGUUCCAAAAGCACACAUUUCUUGCUUGUUCACAUCUGUCACGUCCAUGUUCAAACUGUGUCCCCAUCCUCCUCAGUGCCAGUCACCAGUACAUUUCCGGCAUGUCUGGAUCCAAAUCUGUAAUUCUCUUGGCCAGCCUUGUGUCUGUCACAGACUUCCACCACUCUUCCUUAGGUCCAGGUGCAGUCCUGCUCUUCAGGCAUAUUUCAGAAAACAGAAACAAGGGCAAAGUUCUAUCAGAAGAGCUGUCUCUCUAGAACAUCAGAGACAAGCAGAAGACAGCCUUCCCUGCCUCCAUCCCCCAUUGCCAAGGCCUCAGUUCCCUGUUCUGAGAUGAUCAAUUUUCCUUUGAACUGGAAUGGGAUAUCUUCUCCUAAAGACUCUCGGAUUGGUGACAGUGGAGUGUUAAAGAUGUCA